GACCCGAUGACAGAACUGGGGGGAGUCACUGUACUAUACUCGAAGGAUACAAAACGACAGGGAGCGGCGAGCGCUAGAACUCACUCACACCAAGCGCUCACAGUGCGGUGCUCACUAUAGCAUCGUCAUGUCUCCCACCGUCUACCUUGUGUCAGGCGCGAGUCGUGGCAUUGGACUUGCUAUUGUGACAUUGCUGGCCGCUCGCCCUGACGCCGUUGUCUUUGCCGGUGCUCGCGAGCCCGCUGGGGCUACUGAGCUUCGGGAGCUCGCAGAAGCGCAUCCCGACCGUUUUCACGUCGUCAAGCUCAUCUCGCCGGACAAGGCCAACAACAUCGUGAUCGCAGAGGAAAUCAAGCGCGUCGCGGGGCGGCUCGAUGUUGUGAUCGCGAACGCAGCCGUCGCCGACGUCUUCGACUCAGCCCUCGAGCUACGGACAGAUGAUAUGAUCAGGCACUUCGAGGUCAAUACCAAUGGCCCUCUCGUCCUGUUCCAGGCGACGUACCAGCUCCUGAAAGAGAGCAAGACGCCUAAGUUCGUAGCCAUCUCCUCCGGAUUUGGCAGCAUUGCGAAUGCGGGCCAGACCUCGAUGCUCAUGUACCCCUACGGCGCGUCCAAGGCCGCCCUUAACUGGGUUGUGCGUAAGCUCCAUCGCGACUUCCCCGAAUUUGUCAUUUUCCCCAUAAGCCCGGGUACCGUCGCGACCGACGGGGCGCGACAGGCGUACGACAAGACUCCGGGAAUCGAGCAAUUGCUCGCUGCUUUCCCUCCUAUUUCUGCAGAAGAGAGUGCACGUGGUGUCCUCGAGCAAAUCGACGUCGCGACCAGGGAGACGCACGGCGGGCAGUUUGUGGACUACACCGGCCUCGGCAAGUGGGACUGGUAGAAGCGAGGAGUGACAUGCUGGUAAGCCAGCCAUAGUGAUGUCGCAAUGAUAGCCAUAGCAUGUUGUAAAGAUAACUUCUGUACCAUGAUUCCCCGCAAUAGCAAGAAUAACGCCUGAAUACCUACAAAAAUGA